AUGACCGAAGCCUUUGCUCGGAUAGAUAUAGUCAGGUACCAUGACUACGUGAUCAAAGUUAAAUCACAAUCGAUAUACCCAGCCACGAAAUCAAACAUGUCCAAAUUAUACCUCUGUCAUCGCUGUUUCGACUACUUCAGCCAAAGGUCUACAUACACGAAUCAUAUUUCCACAUGUACUCUUGAAACUCCAGGCCAUGUCAUCUACCAUAAGCACAACGAGCGUAUCCAUAGAAUAGACGGCCAUUUCUACAAAGACUACGUUCAGCGUUUGUGCUUAUUCGGCAAGCUCUUUAUCGAUACCAAGACAGUUUUUUUCGAUGUCGAGUACUUUGACUUUUUUCUCCUAACAGAAGCUGGUAUUCCAGUUGCCUUCUUCUCGCGAGAGAAACGCAAUGUCGAUAACUUCAACCUUGCUUGCAUUAUAACUUUCCCCCCUUUCCAAAGUAAGCAGUAUGGGAGAUUGUUGAUUGAGUGUAGCUAUGCUUUGUCCCACCUUGACGGUUACAUAGGUACUCCAGAGCGACCGCUUUCUCAACUCGGUCAGCGCAGUUAUCUUAGUUUCUGGCGCGACACUUUAGUGCGAUCGCUGCCAUUAAAUCCCACAAAUACGAUGUGGUCCCUCUCCGAAUGGUCUAAGAAUACCGGUCUGCGCCAGCAAGAUAUUGUCUUCACGCUGAAGCACUCCAACCUACUCGCAGAUAGGGUGAUCACCAUGACCGACGAAAAUGACAUGAAUCAACAAAUUUUGUUCAGAGUUAAUGAGCUGCUCGAUAAGCCAGCGAGACCGUUCAGAUUCGAUAUAGAUUGUUUGUUAGUGUGA